UGGAUUUCGUUAGCGGUCUACGGACCUAAUAAUUUCUCUCCCCUUUCACCCGUUUUAACAAGCAAGAACCAAAGGGUGUGAGGGGGAAGGGAGAAAGAGAGAAAAUCAUAAUGGCAACUUCAGUGGCUGGAAGAUCCACAGUAUUGCGUGCAAUGUGCAGAGCAUCAACGAAUUCGUCUCCUUCUUCUUCGGCAACAAGGAGAUUCUCAUUGCCACUGCCACUGCCACCGCGUUCUUCCAAUUUCGUGCCUCGUCUGUCUCCAACUUCCCAUCCUCCUCCCCUAAGGUUAAGGUUGGUCCGAAGAGAAGUGAGUUCCCUUCAACCCGUCCACUCUGCAAUCGCUUCCCUUGUCUCCCGAAGCCACCACUUCCUCCCAACUCCCAAGCUGUAGGCAAGUUAGCGCUUUAUUGUUGCUACAAUUCAUUCAUUGAUCCAAAGAGGAGCUUGAAAACUUAUUUAGGAAUUUGACAUUGCAAAGGUUUUAGGCAAGGAAGCUUUUCUAUUAAAAUGGUAUUUUUAGAUUGUUUAUGAGUUCCUUGUGAAGAAGAAGCUAGAUUGCCUCUUAAAAAUGCAUUUUGAACAUGCUUCUGCCAUAGGGUAGAGGCUCACAAGGAUGAGAAUAGUGAUAAAAAAAAAAAUGCAAUCAGCUGCAGUCAGCUCCACAAAGGUAUGGCAUAUAUGUGGAGAAGUAUCAUGAUGGGAAGGGUCCAACAUAACGCGGCAUCAAGAGUACAGAAUGUCUCAAUGUCAAGGUCACUCAGUCACUGAUGAACAGCUUUUUUGUCCUUGAGUGGGCCUUGUUAUGAACCUUUUGUUUGAAUUGUAAGGCAUCCUUGAUGGAACAACAAUGGUUAUUUUGUGUAUGCUGCUGUUAAUUGUAACAACAGGCUGGUAUUAAUAAUAACUGACGUUUGAGAAGA